CUUAAAGUUGGGUGAAGAAUCGGAAAGAGGAAAAGGGACUACAGGCACACGAUAAGAAAAGUAGUCGGCAAGAGACUACAAUACAUUGACUGUGAGCGCUACGAACAUCUCUUACAGUUCCGUUAGCCAAUCAUCACACUACAUUGCAUUAGUCCGAAACACCCAUACAUCAUGGACCAAGUGUACGAUAUCCGCGUCGGACGUCGCAGCGAACGAGAAUACAGGCACCGCCGAUGGAACGCACGCUGGGCACACGAGAUUCCGCACGACAACGCGUACUACAGUAAAUGUUUGACUGGAGGAGUUCUUUCUUCUAGCAUACGAUGGGUUCUGACUCCAUUGGACAGCAUCAAGACGAAUAUGCAAGCGAACCCUAACAAAUUUCCCUAUCUUUCAUCCGGGCUCCGGACGGUGUACGCUGAAGAGGGCGUACGCGGAUUGUAUCGCGGCCUAGGCGCAACUGUUCUUUCCUACAGUUUCCAAUCCGGUACCAAGUACUUUUUGUACGAAAUUCUCAAAGAUCAGUUCUCCACACUAGCUGGUGAAGAUCACGCACAUGCUUACCGCGACUUGAUUUACGUGACUGCCGCCGGUUGUGCCGAAGCCUGUGCCGACGUGCUCAUGUGCCCCUGGGAAAUGACCAAAGUGAAAGUGCAAACCAGUGCACCGGGAACCUUCCCUGUAGCCUUUGGACCUUCCUUGGUCGCCAUGAUGCACAAUCGCCGCGACCUGCGCUUUCCCUUCGGUAGUCUAGGCCCGCUGAUUGGGAGACAGUUGCCUGGAACAAUUGCAAACUUUUACACAUUCGAAAAGGUGGUGGAGAAACUUUACACGCACGUCUUGACCCAACCCAAAGACUCAUACAGCAAGCCCACGCAAUUGAGCGUCACUCUGAUUGCUGGCUAUGUUUCCGGCAGUGUGGCGGCUGUAAUUUCGCAUCCUGCGGAUUCCCUUAUUAGCCUCAUGGCCAAACCCAAAUACCAGAAUCACACCAUACAAGAAAUCAUUCGGGACGUAGGACUGUUGAAACUCGCCACAAAAGGCCUUGGACCGCGCAUAGCCAUGACUGGUACCAUUAUAAGUUUCCAGUGGUGGAUCUACGAUACUUUCAAGACGGUCAUGGGUAUGGGUACGACGGGUGGCAAGUCCUAA